CAAACAUGGCGGAAAGGAAAGGAGAACCUGCAUUCAAUGCAAAAGUUACCGACUCACUGCGACCGAUUGUUAUCCAACACACUCAUCAGAUAAGAACUCCACCACCACCAAUGCCACCUGGUUUUCUCCAGAGAUUGACGCCAGAACAUGCCCAGAGGCUAACGCCUGACCAGAUGCAUAGACAUACUCCAGAUCAGAUGCAUAGACUUACUCCAGAGCAUGCUCACCACCUUACACCGGACCACUUUCUAAGAGGAUUACCCCCUGACCUCAGUCGGCUGACACCUGAACAGUUGCAGCUCUUGUUAAAGCAAGGCCAGGGGAAACCUCAUUCACAUUUGUCGAGAUCUCCGGAACAAAUUUAUCUCUCCCCUGCAUUCAGCCAGAGCCACACCAUGAGUCAUGGGGGUCCUUCGCAUGUUGUUCGGGGUAAACCUGAAGCAAUGUUCCAGUUGGCCUCACAGGGGAAAACGCCCCCACCCUUAUUAAGAAUGACUUCAUCUCCCCAAUCAACUACAGCUGCUGAACUUCAUAAACCAGUACCAGAUCAUCAGCAGCGACAAAGACUAGUCCAAGAAUACCCUAAUCAGAGAAUCUCGCCACUUCCUCUUCUUGAUAUGCAAAAUAUUGCACCCCCUCCAGCUCAUUCUUCACCUGCUGCCCAACUUCUGUCUAAGUCACCACAACCCAUCAUGUCGCUGUCGAUACCAACAUAUCACAAUCAAGCUCUUGUUCCACCUCGGCGGCCUAGCCCUUUACUGCCUGAUGGACAGUUUAGUACAAGUCAACAUCGGCCACAGGAUUUACAAACAACUAGUGCUCAAUUAGGACUAAGCCAGGCUCAAGCAUUACCCAAGCUGAUGGGACUGUUAAGUGGUAAUCAGGGGCAUUUCUUGUCCAGUGGUCUCUCGGAUGAUACAAGUUUAUCACAAGCUGUGAACUACCAAAGUGCCUUGUUACAGACAUUAGGUUUCAGUACAAAUACAUCUCUAGCACCCCCAGCUGCCGCAACUAGAGUGUCACCAGUAAGCAUUCCGAAACCUCAUCUUGACUUAGAAUCACCGUAUAGCCAAAGUGUCCCAUUCCGUUAUAAGACAGAAGAAGAUAAACCACAUUCGAGUGUCGCACAGGAACAUCGGUAUCCUUCGCCUUCUCUGUUAUUAGAAACGGAGCAGAUGGGAACAAGGGAUGUGCUAGAUUAUUCUAAAAGUGGUCAUGUGGAGGCUGUGCUAGAUAUAAAACCAACACUGCCUCUAGACAUGGUAGAAAAACCUGUAGCAGAAGUGGAGGAGUGUAAAGAAAAAACUGACAAUGUUGCUGAGAAAGAACAAGAAAGUGGUACAUGUAGUACUAAUGAUAAGUCAGAAGAAUGGGAUAAUAUUCCAAAUCCCUUUAGUCAACGUGUGAAUAUUCUGACUAAUUUUCCAACAACAAUGACAACAUAUAGGUCAACGUAUCGAUCUCAUUCUGUUGCUGUACAUAGGGCAAAGGCGGGGAGUAUAACAAGUGCUGCCAAAUCAUUAGAUAUUUUACGUCAGAAUUUACAAAAAGUCAUCAAUAAAGAAAUAGAUGUUAUCGUACAGAAAUAUGUGGAGUCUUAUUUCAAACCUGCAAUGGAAAAUAUAAAGUUGAACAAUGGAGAAAAUGCAGUUAGUGCUGAACACCUGUCUGGUCUCUGUCGGCAGCUCCUUGAAGAGGCAAAGAAAAUGUACACUACAGAGCAUAGAAGUAGUACACCAGUUGGUGAUGUGUCAGAUACUGUGUCAGAGGCAGGAAGCAAUGAGAAGAAAAAGAAAAAAUCUGCUCUUAGUAUAUUCAGUAAGAGGAGGAGAAUAUCAGAUUCGGAUUCUGAAGCUAGUCAACCUGUUGGUCCUUAUAAGCGAAAAAAGGGGAGACCUCCAGCACAUGUGUCUGGUCGUGCCACCCCUUUGAAAACUGCCAAAACAACCGAACCCCCAAAACGAGAGGGACCAAAGUGGGAUCCAGACCGGCUCAAGUCAGACACAUUAUUUGUGAUGGGAGCAAGGGCUAACAAAGCCCUUGGGUUAGGAGCUACGAGAGGAAGACUGUACAUAAAGCACCCUGAGACGUUCAAGUAUUCCGGGGACCAAGAGGACAAGCAGUGGUUGUAUGAGAACAAUUAUAUGCCAGCAACUGGAGGCAAGGCUUAUAUGCUCCUUGUUGAGGAUAUCAAGGAACUUGCUGAAACGGAUGAAUACAGAAAUAGUUCAGGUCUUAUGAUGCACAUCCUGCAAGGCUUCAGUGUACCCGAGGUGAUGCUGGAGAAGAUGAGGUCUCAGAUGUCGUUGAUGAGGACAGAUAAGGCAAAGAGUCGGUCAGUUACGCCUAGCAGUGAUCAGGGAAAAGACAGGUCCAUUGGCAGCUUGUUCCAUGACAAUGAACUUAAUGAUGCCUUGAGUGAUGUUGGUGUUGACGACCUUGAUAAAGCAUUGCCAUUUUCAAAUUCAAAGGAUUCUGAUAAAAGUCUUCUUGAUUUAAAGUCCGACAUUCAGGCUUCCCCUGCUAAUACAGAACUUGAAAUGCUAUCGACAGACGAACAAGAAAUCUCUCCAUUGGCGAUGACACGUGGCUUCGAUUACUCCGUCAGUCCGAUGCCGGGGGUGUCACCAGCACCGUCAGACCUCGAUGCACUGGAUGAUGGAGUACCGCUUACUGCUCCAUUUGAUUUCACGGAUUAAACCAUCGGGUCGCAUGAAAAAAACACUUCAGUUUGCAAUUUGAGUGGAAGUUUGUCAGGGUGAAGUUCUGUGACUAGUAUGAAGUGGAGCCUCCUUAAGUGGACAACUAUGUCAGCAGGACACUGAUGACACUGAUUUUGGUCCUGAAUAGAUGACACCCAUUGAAUUUCACCACUGUAUUGUAGACACCUCUCAGUUAAGGACAGGAUGUGACUAUCCUGUGGGUGUCCUUGAUUGUAAGGUUUUUACUGUAAUUGCUCCUGGUGAGUUCAUUUCAAACAAAACACAGUAUGUGCUGUCGUUUUCCAUGGGUCAUACCAGAAAUAUAUAAGCUCAGUUUAUACAUACUUUUGGUCAUACAUAUGUGCUCCAAAACUGACAUGGGUGACUUUUGAAAGGUUUCUAAGAAACAAGGCCUACAUGUAGAUAGUCACAUUCACAAGGUCAAGGAACUUGUACUUGAAAGGAAUGCGUUCAAAGCCAUAAUUUUCAUAUGGUUUGUCCAGUCAUCGACAUGGUUAUAAAGCUUCAUGUUCACUCUAAAACUAAAUGGCUUUGGGGUCGGGGUACAUGUAAGUUCUGUCAAUGGGCAGCCGUACUUACUUUUUCAACAGGGUUUCACAUGAUACACAUAUAAUGCCACGAUGAUUAUUUAUCAUGAAAACUUUAGUUCUGUUUGCAGCCAACAUGCAAUGAGAAUUUAUAUGUUUUCACCGCCAUUCAGUCAGUGAUUGGGUAUAAUUAGUGUCUUUAAAUGUAUUGAUUUCAUUAAUGUGCAAAUGAUAAUGUUACCUUUAUUUUCAUGGAUGUUACAAUGUAUUUAGAUGUGAUAUAAAAUGUACUGGUAUUUAAAUCACUGAAUGACUUGUGAUACAGAUUUCUCUAGAAGUUGUCCAGUGACCGUGGGAGCAAAUGAUUUUUGACGGUCUGUUUUAAAUACACUAAAAGGUAAUACUGUGUCAAAGCUAUUUAACCGGUUUUUGGCUCAUACGUAUGUUUCACAUAGGCCUAUUACACAGUGUAGGCUACAUAUUUUCAUUCAGGCACCCACGAACUGGCUAAAACGCAUCUACGUGCAGGUGGGUUUAAGUCAAAUCGAAUUGAAAAUAGAUCACACAUUGUUUGCUGUAAAGAUGAGACUUCUUCCUUGUGUUGUGUCACUUCUUGCACUUGCUUUAUUGUAGUGUUUUAUUUGGUGAUUUUCUUUGACUGACUGUUGUUCAUUAUUUUAAUCUCCAAGCUGGUCUUGGUAAUUACAAAAAAAUUAAUAUCAAAAAUACUUAAAAGAACUGUUGUUGGCUGAUAUGGCACAUGAACUGUAUUAUACACUUUCGGACAAUUGUUUUGAUUACUAUGAUACAGAACAAAACGAGCUUAGUAUACAAAUCGACCUUUUUUCUCUCUAUGGACAGUUUUCAUGUUGCUUGUAAUUUUAGAUGUCCUCUCCUAUUUUUCUCUCCUGUUUUUCUUUUAAAUUUGUUUACCUUGUUCCAUGUUUGAUGAAUUACAUUUUCUGAUAACCAGUUGAUAUUUCUGAACUGGUUGUUGGGAAGUGUGCGUGGAUAAAAGUUGACAAAUUAAGAUGAAGUCAUCUGACAGCAGACUUGACAGAAGCCAGAGUUCUGAGGAAAGUUUGACCACAUAUUGGACACAAAGUAAUGGCCAUAUUUAAGAAGUACAUUGAAUGUGUAGUGUGAUUCAUGGUAAUACUUGCCUCUUCGUAUUCUGCUUAGGGCUUCCCCCACACAAUAUCCACAUUUUACAGAGGAAUACAUGGGGAUGAUUCAAUCAGUUGGAAUUUAUAAAUAAGACAAGAUAGGCCUGCAUUCAGGUUUUUUGUAAGGAAGGGAUUUCAGCUCUUAAAUUCUACGCACAAGUCUUGUUCGGGCUUUGUAUUGAAAUACUGCACUGCCGUUGACACAUCAGAUACAUGUAGCAGAGAUGAAGGCAAUAUAUGUUCUCCUUUGAUGACUUCGUAUCUGCACCACAAUUGAGAGGAGUGCAUGCACAUAGUUGAGUAGACUCUGCUACGAUACAAAAUCUGGAAAUUUGGUUGCAAAUUGUGGUAUUGAUUCAUAGUUCUCGUAACUCGCUCUCCAUUUUGGAACCUACAAGCUUAUCUCAGCGCUGUUAACUUGCAUCCAUUGUCAUAAGUUCUCUUGGCAUUCAUUCGUAAAGUAAAUUUUUCAUUUAGAGUGUUUUUUUUAGUUGUAUCUUACUAUAAGAAUUACCGUAAUUAAUAACAGCUACCUCAUGUCUGAGUCGACCAGUAAUUAUAGACUCUCUCUGUGUAACUGGCUCAAUUUAAUCACCAAGUGUUGUUUAAA